UUUGGACAAUAAACAGCUGUUUCCACAGUCUGACGCCUCAUGAAGAGGAGACUGCAGGUGCCCCUUCAGUUGGCAUUUGUCAGAGACUGUUGAAGCAUUACACAGUGUUGUGUGUGUGGGCUGUUGUGAAAAUAGGCCGUUCACUUAAAGCUCUCAUGAGGUUAUUUAGUUUAGAUAGUUUGACUGCAGCACGCUGGCAUCAGGAGGAGACAGUGUCCCAGAGCACCAGGGUUAAUGACCACAGCAUUUCCUCUAGGGAAAUCAAGAUGUCUGACAGAGCAGAGCUGCUGCUGGAUGUGAAGAAGAGAGUCGGCUGCUGUAUAGAUGAAGCCGAGGCAAAGCUCCACGCACUCAGUCAGGACAUAUGGAGUUGUCCGGAGCUGGCUUAUGAGGAAACCAAGGCUCAUGACAGACUGGUCACGUAUUUCAGUCAGGAGGAAGGCUGGACGGUCGACAGUCACUUCAAACUUGAGACUGCCUUUAGAGCCACCUGGGGAGCCACCGCAGGCAGCGACGUGGUCAGCGUGGGUUUCCUGUGUGAGUACGACGCCCUGCCUGGUAUCGGACACGCGUGUGGACACAACCUGAUCGCUGAGGUCGGAGCUGCUGCGGCUGUGCUGGAGAACACACAGGAGUUCCCUGCACAGGUAAUGGUGCUGGGGACCCUAGCUGAGGAGGAUGGUGGUGGUCCAACUGAUAUGAUAAGGGACGGAGCCUUUGAGGGCCUGGAUGUGGUGUUUAUGGCCCACCCAUCCAAAGAGGAUGCCACGUGCCUGCCCUGUGUGGCCGAGCAUGAGUAUCAUGGUAUGGCCUCACAUGCUGCAGUCUACCCCUGGGAGGUAAUCAAUGCGCUGGAUGCAGCUGUGCUCUGCUACAACAACCUGUCUGUGCUCUGA